UGCUGCGGGGAAACGGCAUCCCCAGACCGAGGUCGCUGCAUCGGCUGGGGGAAGAUCACCGGCUGAGAUAAACCUCGUCCUUUGUUGUCCCACCGACAAAACUUCUCCCUUUAUCUGCAUGUCGGUCAUUUCACUAUCGACUUCUCUUCUAGUGAUUUGAAUGAUGCUGCGUUCAGCUCCUUGUCGAAUUGUUCGACGCUUCUCGACAGCGUCCAGUCCCUCGCGCCUCGUCCUGCGCGCUUUCACGUGCGGUUAUCCUCGGAUGUCGCCGUCAUCACUUCCUCCCGUCCAACCCCCCGUCUCGACUUCGUUGCCAGGCGAUUCGUAUCAACUCUUAUCAACAGCUGAUAAAGUGGGAGCUGCAGAGGAUGCCCUGUAUGAGCAACAGAUCAAGGAUGUGGAAGCUUGGUGGAAGACACCGCGUUUUGAGGGCAUCAGGCGGCCCUACUCAGCUGCCGAUGUGGUCUGCAAACGGGGAACCUUGCAGCAGUCGUAUCCUAGUUCCUUGAUGGCGAGGAAGCUCUUCAAUCUACUAAAUGAGCGAGCUGCAGAAAACAAGCCCGUCCACACUAUGGGUGCAAUUGAUCCCGUACAAAUGACACAGCAAGCUCCCAACCAGGAAGCUCUCUAUAUCUCCGGUUGGGCCUGUUCAUCUCUUCUAACGACUACCAAUGAGGUGUCCCCGGAUUUUGGAGAUUAUCCCUACAACACAGUCCCAAACCAAGUCCAACGGCUGUUCAAAGCUCAACAGCUACAUGAUCGGAAACAAUGGGAUUCGCGGCGGAAAAUGACUCCGGAACAGCGCAAGACCACUCCCUAUACCGACUUUAUGCGGCCGAUCAUUGCAGAUGGAGACACUGGGCAUGGAGGACUGUCCGCUGUCCUGAAGCUAGCCAAGCUGUUCGCCGAAAACGGUGCUGCGGCCGUUCAUUUCGAGGAUCAGCUUCACGGUGGCAAAAAGUGCGGCCAUCUGGCCGGUAAAGUGCUGGUUCCAAUGGGAGAGCACAUCAACAGACUUGUUGCGGCUCGUUUUCAGUGGGACAUGAUGGGUGUUGAGAACCUUGUCAUUGCUCGUACCGACUCUGAGAGUGGGAGACUAAUCAGCAGCGCUAUCGACGUACGAGAUCACGAGUUCAUCCUCGGGGUUGCAGAGGACGUCGCGCCUCUUGCAGAGACCCUGCAAGCGAUGGAGAGAGAAGGAGCUGCGUCGGCAGAGAUUGAUACCUUCGAGUUGGCCUGGGUGCAACAGCACCAGCUUGUGACCUUUGAUGAAGCUGUGGACGCCCACCUCGAAGCUGAAGGUGCAUCCCAAACCGUCCGAGAUACGUACAAGAAGCAUGUGAAUGAAAACCCAGACCUGUCCAUCUCCCGCAGAAGGGAUCUGGCCAGUGACUACACCAAGACUCCUGUGGUUUGGUCCUGCGAUGCCUCCCGCACCAGGGAGGGCUUCUACCACUACCGUGCCGGUUUCCCUGCGGCCACAAAGCGAGCCAAGGAAUUCGGACCCUACGCAGACCUCUUGUGGGUUGAAACCGGCGAUCCGGAUGUUGCCAAAGCUGCAAAACUCGCAGGAGAUGUGCGAGCUACACUCCCUGGCAAGAAACUCGUCUACAACCUGAGCCCGUCGUUCAACUGGAUGGGACAAGGCUUUACUGCGGAAUCUCUCAAGUCGUUCAUCUGGGAUCUAGCGGAACACGGUUUCGUUCUGCAAUUAAUCUCCCUUGCUGGGUUACAUUCCAACGCCACCAUCACCACAGAGCUUUCUCGCGCAUUCAAGGACGAGGGAAUGCUCGCAUACGUCCGCCUAGUCCAAGCGCGCGAGAAGGAACUCGGCGUCGACGUGCUCACGCACCAGAAUUGGAGCGGUGCGCCAUACAUGGACGGGAUUCUCAGUGCGAUCCAAAGCGGGAGCAGCAGCAGCAAAAGUAUGGGAGAGGGGAACACCGAAACAGGUUUUUAAGUACGCUAGGAGUAAGACAAGAAAGAUCAAAUCUUUUAUAUUUAUAAAAUCAUAUAUUUCAUGGUUUAUGAAUCAAUCAGCAUAUCAUACUAAUCAG